GUAAGUGUCACCUACCUUCAAGUUCCGUUUGAGAGGAUUUGUUUUUAUGAGGGUUAACCUCGUAUGUGAAUCAAGUUUUUAGUUGUUUGGACAAAUUAAUGUAAGGUUUGGUGUCACUUUUGAAAAACAGUAUCGUUCCCAUCAUUACAAUUAGGCCUAAGCUCAAUAAUUAUUUUAAUUACCAAAGUCAUUAACAAUGUUUAGUUUAGAAUGUUUCUCUAAAGUGUUAACGUUUGACAGUCACUUCCGCAUUUACAAAUGAAUAAGAUUAUAUUUAUUUCGGUGACUCUUAAUUUAUCUGCAAAACCCAAUCAACGUUAUAAAUCUUAAUUGUCACCUUUCACUUAAUUCAUCAUUCGUGGAUACUCUUUCAGAAUUCAGAUGGAUACCUUUUUAGUAUCUGAACUGAAUUAUUUCAUGCAACUUUCAAGAGAAGACAUUCACAAUAAUACUAUUACUAUUGACUAUUGAUCAAUACAGAGCACCAAUACUCGUCAUUAAUAAUAAUAAUAAGCCUAAACAAUUUAGUUAAUGAAUACUCAACUUAUUCAAUACUCACCAAUGCACGCAAUACUGCCAAUAAGAAAAAUUAUGACAAAAAAAGCAAUGAACAGAAAACCCAUUUUGGCCCAUCAAUCACUAAAUUUAUUAUUACUAUAAAGUUAUUAAUAUUAGACAAUAAAGCCUAAUCCAAAAUUCCAUAAUAAUUUAUAAGUUUAAUUAAACUAGGUCUACUCUUUAUUAUACAUGCAUAUUCCAUUAGUUAUUUAAAAUGUAUUGUGUACUUUUUAACCUAUUAAGGGCUAUUAGUAUUAUAUUUUGAGUAUACCCAAUAAAUACCUGUACUAUUAUUAAGAUUAAGAAUUGCUAGAAAAGAUACUAGGUACAUUUUAACUGAAUCCUGAAUAAAUUACAAAGAAAAUAAAAACAUAGUUAUUCAGCUGUUGAUAAUAUGAGUAAAAGUUUAUUCUAGUAAUUAAGGUUCUAUAUUAAAUAAAUGUUAACAAAAACAUGUCAAAUGACAAUUAUUUCUGUUGUUGCUCUAGGUAAGUCCACAAAAAUGACUACUCCAGUGGAAGAUGAUGUUUACAGAACAAACUCCAAACAGAUCCUUGUCAGUCGGGACCCAAUCUAUGUACAUCCUGAAAUAAUUCGAGGCCAAUACAUUGGAAGAGAGCCACAUACUUACCUCCCUUUUGCCAUUAUGGUGACCAUCAUCAACCCCAUCCUUGGGCCUAUCGCUAUUUUAUUUGCUUGUAAGUACACACAGGUUAUUUGUGGGCAGAAGAUAAGCCGUAUUAAAAAAUGUAUGUAAAUAUCUUUCUAUGUAGGCCUAUGUAAUGUAUUCAAUAAUCCAGUAAUGGCAUAGUAUGUUCAUGAAAGAUUUUUGUAUACAAGCACCAAAAUAAAUUCUUCUAACCAAAAUUAAUCUAUGGCUUUGUCAGGGUCGUAAUACUAUCAUCAGCUUUGAUUUGACAAAAUUUUGAAAUACUUUGCCUUUAAUAAUUAUAUUUCAUACAAAAUAAUUUCACCCUUAAUUAAACUUUUCCUUUUUUAUAUAGUUAUGUCUAGAAGAUCAUACAAGGAUGGAGACCUCAACUAUGCCUACAAAUGGAGCAAUUAUGCCUUUCUUGCUGGAAUGAUCACUAUUGUUGCCUCCACAUUGUUUUACAUUGCUAUAGGAUUUGCUCUGUCAGGUCCUGGCUUAAGAGGUGGACAUUCGUAUUGAAACUGGCUGGUGGUUUAAAUAACUUUCACAUGGUAACUUAAGAAGUAAUAUUACUGAAAAUCUGUAUUAAUUUUUUAGAUACUUUCUCAACUUAUAAGGUUAGAAAGUUAUAAUUCUGAUAAGAUGAUGCAGAAAAAAAUAUGUUGUCUGGUAUUUAAAGUGGCAGCACUGAUGAUUAUUUUUCACGAAUGUAGCCAGCUUUUAGAUAUGAACCCAGAAAACUGAAAGAUAUGAAACAUAGGAUUUAAUAUGUAGAAUUUUUUUUUAGGGUUUAUAUUUUGGAAUAAAAAAUUUUUGAGUUAAAACCUUUGUAUGUUUUAAGAGAGGCACUUGUCAUAUAAUCUCCAUUGUAAAUAUCAUUUAACUUGUACCUUAAAAUGAUGAUUCUGCAUUAUACAACCUUUAAAAAAAUAUUUUUAUAUUCUGGUUACUAAAAGAAAGCAUGUUAGAAACAGUAAGAAUAAGUAUGUAUUAAACUACAGUACUUUAAUAAGGCGCUAAAAAGAUUAUUACUAAAAAUAAUCGUUGGUGUUCUUCUAAGCCCUCUGAAUUUUCAAGAAAGAUUUGGCAUUUAUAGUUUUUGGGUGAAGAUGAAGAACAUAACAAACUAACCAGUGUCAUUGCAGAUUUGAAGAGCUUCAACAUUGUAAAUAUAAAACAUUUGCAGCAACACAUGAGACUGUUGACAUUUAUAACUGUACAUACAAAUCAACAUAAUCUUGUGCACCUAUUCAUUUUUUUAAACUGAUUGAUCAGUGUACAAUCCUGGUAAAACUAGGACCAAUGCUUAAAAAUUUAAACAUUUUGUUUGGUUCCAGAAACUACCUCAAUAGUAGUUCAGUGGUCCCCAACCCUGAACUGUUCACAAGUCCCCAACUCUGAACUGUUCUACAAGAACAUGAUUGAGGCUUUAUAAUAGCAUACUUUGUCAGAUCGUAUUAAACUUUUAUUUUCAAAGAAGUAACUGGAAAGAACUGAAGCUUAAGUCUCUAUAAGUGUGUUCUAAAUUAUUAACUAGAAGACACUAAAUUCAUGCCUGAUUGAAAACAUCAAUUUUACAAAAUUUUGUGUAGUUUUUUGUUUGUCAGCAUUAAAUCCCACCCCCCACCCCCUUGUAAUGUAGAAGUAGAAUUCAAAUUAAUUCAUACAUUUGUGUCUAAUAGGCACCUGAAUGCAAAUUUACCAUAUUUCAUUUUUUCUUAGAGUAUUUGAUAAUACAGUAUUUACUUGCAUAAUGAAUUUAUGAUCCAGACUAAGUGCUUCUAUCACAGUUCCUGUGUCAUAUACUCCACAUAUUAUACUGACACUGAUUAGAUUUGGUUCAAAAUAAACAAAAUAUGCUUUCAUGUAAAUAGUACACAUCAUAUCACCCAUGUUCUCAAAUGAGUUAAAAAAUGCAGUGGUUGGGGACCACAGCCACAAAACAAUGGUGUACGAGUAAUCUUUUUGGAAUAACAUAAAUUUAUCACCUUAUAAUGUGUCAUGGUAAUACAGUUUGAUCUGUAUAGUAAAUGUUUGGAUAUAGAGAUGAUUGUCUUCAUUACUGACACAAAAAUGUAAGUUUUUCUACUUUUGGAUUGUUCUUAAUAAGGUUAUUGCUUCCAAAUAUAUCUGAUACAUUCCAUGCUGAACUAGCAGUGUAUUAUUGGUAGAAAUAUAAGUCUGUUUUGAUUCCGAUAAUGAAAUAAAAGAACACUUAUUAAAAUAGUUGAAUAAGUUUUUUUUUCUUCUGAGUGUAUUUAGUCAUAGUAUUAUAGCAGGUAUAACUUAAGGUAUAUUAAUUUUCAUUAGUUUGUGGACAACAUUUUAGUAAUUUUUCUCAUUUUUUUAAUUGGUAAAAUGAAAUGGAC